AUGCAGGUUCACAACACAUAUCUCAAGUACAAGCGGGACCAGGCAAAUCUUAUCUUUUGGAUCAUCCAUACUUCUAACUCCAUCAGCAAAAAGCUCUCGCCUGACGCUGGACUGGCCACCAACGCCAGCUCAAUUUCCUUGACAAAGCUGAAUGCCCUCUCGGCACUCAUAGUAAAAUAUGUGGACCCGAUCCCAGCUACCAUCUUUCGCUUGUUUGAAUCAGUCAUUGAUGCUAGGAGAGAAACCAGUUUUUUCUACUUAAACCGUGCCGCCUCUGAUCCAGACCCAGACAUCCAAAAAAGCAAUGAGUCGCAUAAGCAUUGGAUAAAUGGAUUGACUGAAGCUUUCAAUACCCUGGGAGGAGAGAAUUGGCAGUCAAUGAGGAAGGGCGACCCGCUCAAUGAAGAUGAGACAGAAGCUAUUUUUGCGAAUCAGUUUUCGACGCUGAGCCUGGAUAGCGAGAGAAAAGAUGUAGACAAUGAAGAAAUUGAUGGCGACAGGAGUGAAGAGGAUACCGAUAUUGAAGAAGAUACAACCCCUGCUGCCCCCAAACGGUCGAAACAGAAGUCUACCAAAAAAGGGAAGGGCAAGGGGAAGGGGAAAAGACGAGCACGCAAGCCGAAGACCAAAGGAAAGAAAGGUGAUGCAGUCUCUACGCCUGACCUACGAGAUGUUCCCCUGGAGAGUUAUCGCAUCAUUGAGGAUGAGACUGGCACGGUCACGGAUUAUUUGAUGGCUAUCUACUCCCUCACUCAUCAGUUGAUAGAGCUCCGUCAUUACAUACAGGGUAUUUGGCGAGAAGUAGCCUAUCAGAACUUAAACAGUGCUGUUGCUGCAAAUCUAUCAAAUGUUGCAAUCAUGACGAUCAAGGACACGCAAUCCCAGAUCUUUGUUGAUUUCCCUGGCCAUGACUCUUUUGAUAUCGUUAUGAAAACUCUCACGCGCGGAAAUCCUGAAAAGUCUCAAGGAAUGUUUCACAUGCAAGUUUGGGGAGGGGAUCGACAGGCGCAACAGGACAUUGACGUGAGAGAAGAGUUUCUACUGAACUGCCAUCAGGACUUAUCCGACUUUAUUGCCGACUAUCAAGCAACACGGAGCGGCAAACCUACCAAAGCGAUGCUCAAAAGUAUUCAGAAUUGGGAUCCCAAAAUGGACCUUCAAAGAGCAAGCAAAGAGCAGCGCUUGAAGUGGCGCCGAGCGUACACAAUCAACUGGCUAUAUGACUUAGUCAAUGUCUUUUCCUCGAUUGUUGUACAACGUCGGACACUCAAGGGACAGAAAAUCUCUUUGGAAUCGGUUAAUUGGGCUAAAAAUGGACCCUGGUCUGAGCAUCGGCGACUAUACGGCCUAAACGAAUUUGCUGGUGACAUCACUCACCUCGCCGUACAGAAGCCAGGGACGGAUGUUCAAUCUAAAAUUCUUCCCCACCAUGUCUUCCAGCUACAGUGUAUUGUGGACUCGCUUACUGUGUCUCGCGGCUGGUCAGUUAGUAUUUUAACCGGCCAUGUCCUGAAAGCGCCUGCUGCUGCGUUUCGACCGAGGCGAGAUGUCGAUCUCUUCAUGGAUCGUGAGGGGAAACAACCCAAUAAAGGGUUUUGCGGAUCAGUGGAUGUACUGGACUCAUUAUUCGACCACGAUGCUAUGCUUCAUGGAGACCCCAACCGCAACGCUUCACUCAAAGUAUUACUGGUUGAACUUCGACAAGACAUGAUCAAUUGGCUUGGAGAAAGCAAGUAUAUGUACGGCCUGACCACCAUCCCUCCGUCACGAUUUUCAAACACAAACAGCAAUGGCUUAUGGGAAUACUCUCCCUUCCUGUGUGGUUCAGGUCUUUCGGAAGCACUGGAAGAGGCAUAUGGCAUGGGUAUGCUCAUCUGGGAAAAGGUUCCUGAACCGAUGUGCAUAAUUCAUUUACACAAUAUGCUGGUUCAAAAACGCCUAAUUGCGCGGCCGGUGGGUCUAUGGAGUACACUGGAGUUCGUGUUCCAGGACUCCUUUUUCUUCAAUGGGAAUAAACCCACUUCCCAUUUCGUCGAUGGCAUGCUGAAUCGCACCGUUAAGCGCAAUACUCGUCAAGAGACUUUCCGGAAUCGUGCAGGAAGACAACAGCUCGCUCGAAGUGCAGAGGACUUGAAUGAACUGCUAGAUCCCGGCUUCAAUCGCUUUUUUAAAACUCGAUCUUUACUCCAGGUUUAUCGGCGUGCCGAUUGGAUGACUGAUCGAAUUCCAGACGAGGAAACAGCACUUCCCUCACUUCUCGGCUUCAUAAAAUUAUCCAAGGCUAAGCGAAGCCGAAAUACAGCCACAGGCCAAGUUACUUUAGCAGAAACUGACCUCGUCAGGCGUGCUAGACUUAAAAUGAGCGAUAAAGAGAUCAUCAAUAUGUCAUCCAAGAUCGCAUCCACGUUAGAUCAGACCGAUGUCUCCGAGUUGGUGAAGACUGCUAUACCUGAGGGAUACACAAUGACUCCAGCUCGUAAACCCGGUCCUAACGUUCCUGCAUACUUGAACUUGAUCAAGUAUGACUUGACUGAUGACAUCUGUGGCGAGAUUCGACCGCUGUCAAGCCUGAACUACAUAAUGGUCCUCUCGCGCUGCUAUGUCGUAUUUUGUGCGAUAGAGGAUAGGCUACGGGCCUGUCGGAACCCAAGCUGGGUUAUGGCUUACGAGACAGAAUCUGUAUUGACGAAUGAGAAGCGAGUGUCUCUUACCAUGGCGGCUCUAAAGGGGAACGAUCCUGAGUGCCUGGAGAUCAUUGCAGAUGUAUUUGAGGAGCAAAGAGGUGGAUUCAUGGACCAUAUCUACUGGAAAGAUCUGGUAAGCCCGAGUAAUGUUCUUGAGCAGGAAACCCGCAAGCCCAGCACUCCACUUGAUCCAGACUCUUGCAGUAUAAUGUAA